CCUCCGUACCUCAACCCAUGUUCCACGACAAGGGUUUAUGUUAAUGAAUCUAGACCUUUAAUAUACAUCCUGGCUCGCUUCUCGAGUUCCUUAUAUGGAUACACGGCCCAGAUGUCUACCAUACCAUCAACAGAUAUAUUAGGUACCACAAUACCGGGAUACCUGAGAACUUCAGAAUAUAGAGAUCUAUGGAUCUAGAUCCUUCCAUCGACCCUAAACCCAUUUCUGAUGCUCUUCUAAAGGCGUCUCUAAUUGGACAAGACUCCAAUUCGUACCUUAGAUAUAUGAAUAAAACUUGACUACCCCUAUUAGCACCACGGGGGGGAUGUGAUCAAGUUCCUAUCAAUGUCAGAUUCUAUACGCAAUGAGACACCAGCAAGACCCUACCAUUCGCUUGGCGGUUAAUUACCCGGUUCGCAGUUUGCAUCUGAUAGCACUAUUCAACGCGGGGGUACUGUGAAGCGAUUGCUUGCGGCUCCCGUGUGCGUAAAAGGGACGAUAAUCCUUCUACUAUUCGAAUCUAAUAUAAUUAUGAUUCAAGAUUAAUCCUCCUAUUUUUCUAUUAUUUGGUCUAGCGAAUUAUUGACGCGCUACUGAUAUACUGACUCCUAUCUUCACCAACCUCUACUUAGCGCAGACGUAUUUGAAAUGCGAUCACUUGGAGUCAUAGCAUUAUUUGCUAUACUCAGCGUCUAUGCCAAAGAGAAUUGCCCUCUAUAUGGCUUAGGAUAUCCGAAACCUACCGACCUUCUCGCCCAACCGGGGAUCCAGAUGGCCGCAAGGUCUCUCGACUCGGUUUUUGCACAGUACAUCGACAAUUCUAGCAACACUAACUCAGAUCAAUUCUCCUAUUCAGUUGAAGUGUUUUCCGCCGAUGACGAUGAACCGUUAUGGUCGCAUCACUGGACUGCGACUAACUUAAAAACCCUCAAUUCAGCAGGAGUCAAAAAGGUAGAUGGUAAUACCGUGUACAGACUUGGAAGUGUUACAAAGAUAUUCACCAUCUUAACGUUCCUCGCCGAAGUAGGCGACACUAUGUGGAAUGAGCCUAUCACUAAAUAUAUUCCGGAAAUAAAGGCGAUGGUCACUGACGCCGACACUUCUCAUUCAAUUUCAAAGCCAGACUGGGACUCUAUCACGAUUGGGUCGUUGGCUAGUCAAAUGUCAGGCCUCGUUAGAGACUACGCUUUAUUAGGCGAACUCACACAAGGGUCAAGCAUCGCGCAGGCAGUUUCAAUUGGAUUCCCCGUCUUAGAAAAUGCAGAAAUACCUCCUUGCGGCAACAGGCCAGUAUGCAAUAGAACACAAUUCUUCGAAGGUCUUAGUAAACUUCCCCCGUCAUUUUCGCCAUUCGUUACGCCAGCAUACUCGGAUAUCGGUUAUAUACUCCUCGGAUACUGUUAGGAUAUAAGUGAAGCUAAUAUAAAUUAAAUAUAGAUUUACAUAAGAUAAAUAUAUAAAAAAGCGCUUUACAUUUUUAUAAAAG